CGGUAUUCCUCGCUGACACACCAUCCUUUCCUUCUGUCCUUUCCUUCUCUCCUUUCCUUCUACCCUUGUAUACAUUCACAUCCACCCAAGGAAGUUUCCAUCCUUAAUUAGGCGGCCGGACGACGGACAGCAUCCUUCAGCUGGGGUAGCAGCGAGAGGCAUCUUCUGCCUCCGACGAGUGCAUGACAAUAGCAGCCGCAAGUCCUUGUCAGCCUCUCCUCCAACUCUCUACAACAUGUACUGGUCAGAAUACGUUGGUCAGUAUUGGAGAGCGCAGCGGUUAGAGCAGGAGAAGACUAGACUAUCCAACGAGAAGCGUCAGCUGGAGAAGCAAUUGGCGGAGAAGACGAGGGCGGCUCAGGUGUCCGCAAGCCAGGUCUUCACGCUGGGGCUCAAGGUGCAGGAGCUGGAGCGCCGGAACACCGAACUAUCCGGUGACCUGGUGAAGCAAAGGGAGGACACGAGGAAGGCAGGCCUGCUGUUCAUGGAAGCUGCCGAUAAGUACCAGCAAGUUGCAAAGAAGAAGAUCAGGGCGAAGGUUGCGGAGCUGGAGGACGCGAGGAAGGCGAGCAUGAUGAUCAUGGACGCUGCCGACGCGUACCAAGGUGUAGCGAAGAAGCAAACUAAGGCGAAGGUGGAGGAAUUGGAGGACAUGAAGGCGGCGGUUCUAGUGUUGAUGAGCGCUGCGGAUACGUACCAGCAAGAAGCAAAGAAGCAGAUUAAGGAGAAGGUGGAGGAGUUGAAAAUCCUAAGGGUCCAGAAGGCGGAGAUGGAUGCGAGGGCAGCGUCUUUGGAGUCGGAGCUCAAUGCAGCUCUGUAUAAGAAUCAGGAAUUGGAGGUGGGUUAUGAUUCGGUGAAGGGUGAAAAUAACGAGCUUCGGUCAGAGAUUGAGAGGCUCAUGAUGGAAUUGGUUGCACUGGCCGAGGCGGGAGAGGUAGCUACAAAGGCAUUUGAUGGCGAGAGGACAGAAAUCAUGAAGGAAUUCGAAGACCUUAGGAUGAUGAAGGUUGAGGAAAUUCAAGCCAGUAAGGAUUUGAUGAAGGGUGAACAUGAUAAGCUUUGGUCGGAAGUUUUGACAGCAGAACACAAAAAUAGCUUGUUUGAAGCAGAGGUUUAAGAUGGAAUUGGUGCCUUGGCGGAGUUGGAGGAGGCAGAAAUUAUAAUGGAAGCAGAGAUUUAGAAGAAAAAGAAACACUAAAAUAAACCAGUACUGCUUUGAAAUGGGUUUACAGUUGAGACUGCUUACUAAAAUACAUGAAGGAAAUUUCUAUUGAAUUGGAUAUACAUUGUUCCCUGACUCGUGUAAUAAACACAAACAUAUCAUACACUUUUGUUGUAUUGCAUACUAGGUGAACGUAUUUUUUCAUGUUCUCUCGAAGAAAGGCACAUGCUGUACCAACAUGCAAUGUGGUGAUGGUAGACAGACUACUACAGCAUAGAGGAAACUCAUUGUUGUAUGAUUUUAUACAUUACUAGAUUUAAUUAACUUC